AUGAGGUCUGCGCUCGUUUCUACCCUGGCCGCGGCUGCCUCUUUGGCAUCUGCCCAGCGACCAACGAACACUUCGAUCUGCGACUACUACACCACGGCUCUCCUCAAGGAGAACAAUGCUACGACCCAGCAGACGUUGCUGACGCUUCUUGUCAACACUGCUGUCAUCGGCAACUAUACAAUGCCCAACGUGGGCGUCAUGGUUCCUGGUAUUCUGGCACCAGGAAUGGUCAAUGGCACUGAGGUCAAUCUCCUGCCCUACUUCAGCGGUGGCCUUGCAAGCACCAAUGCUGGAGGAAGCUCUGGAAAGGCCGUCAACUUCCUUGACGGAGGGGGCGUGGCACCGCUCAUGAAGAACAUGCCUGCGAACGACGAAUCGUCUCGACAAUACAAACUCCUCACUCAUCUCUAUGAGUACUUCGCGGUAUUGCUCGGCUGCAGCAUGUACGGCUCAAGCAGCAUGCCGUACUCGGGCGACACGAACAUGUACCAAGUUCACAAGUUCAUGGGCCUCAGUGAGGCUGAGUUCACCUGGUUCGUAAUGCAGGUCGGUCUUUCCGCCGCCUCUUUUGGUGUCUCCGACGACGACGUCCAAGCCGCCGGUUCUCUCUUGACCAAGACGUUUGGCUACCGAUGCGCUCCACCAGCGGCCAUUCCUUCGACAGCUGCUCCUGAGCUACAGGCCAUCUGUAUUGCUAGCGACUGCCCUGAAUCGCCAAUGGCUACGUGCGCUGCGUAUGCUCCAGUCGUGGAACCAAUGAGUGCUACUCCCUCGAUGAUGAACGCGACGGUCAGUAUGCCUUCAGGCACCGGAUCGAUGAUGCCGUCUUCGAGUGUGGUGCCUUAUACUGGGGGACAAUCAGCUCUCGUUCCAGCACUCUCAACCCUUCUAGUUUCUGCCCUGGCGCUCGCCUUGGCGUACCUAUGA